GAGUCGGGAGGCUGGAGAGCAGCUUGGAGGAGAGGGUACUAGCCCACGGCGGCCGCCGCCGGAGCGACUCGCGGGGAGUAGCAGCCGAAGACGGCGGCCGCCUCAGUAGCCACCGCGUGUGGAGGAUAAACGGCCGACACGGCCAACGCCGGGGCCAAUUAAGGCAGAGAGUUAGCGAAGACCAGGACUGUAGUCCCAGCGAAGACAGGGAAAGAAUCCGUGAAGACGGCGGCCACCUCUGUAGGGACUCUAGCAGAAGACUAAGUGAAGACAUCGGUUUCUCCGGCAGUGACUCUAGAAGAGUCAGUGAAGACCUGGGCAGUGUCUCUCGGGAGAGAGUUACGGGAGACGGUGGGCGCCGUCCCAGUAGGUCCUGGGAGAGAGUAAGGGGAGACCAAAGCUUCAGCAGCAGCGACGUGAAUUUAAGUGAAGUCGGGAGCCACCAAACUAGUGACUGCGAGGGACUGGUCAGAGAAGACCGCGGCCUGUGCUUCAGUGAUUCUUGGGAGGGUGUCAGAGUAGUCCCGGACCCCCAACCCAGUCACUCCGGGGAGAGAGGCAGUGACUACUGCAGACGCCGCCUCAGUGACUCUUGGGAGGAAGGGAGUGUCGAUGGCGGCCACAGCCUCAGUAAUUCCUGGGAGGGAGUAAGUGAAGACCGCGGCUACGCGGCUAGCGACUCCUCCGGGGUGAGCGUCAGCGUAGACGCCAGCCGCUGCCUCCGUGGCUUCUGGGAGAGAGAACGUAUAGACGAGGGCUUCCGCAGCAGGAACUCUUGGGAGAAAACCCGGGAGGAUCGGGCACCCGAUCUUAGCGACGACGAAGGCAGCCACUGCAAUGGCUCGUGGGUGACAGCAAGUGAAGACCGCCGCAGCAGCGGGGGCCUGGACUCAGGUCCUCCCCGGAGUCGGAAGGAUCGCACCAUGCCAGGGGUGUCCGAUUCAGGCCCUUCCACCUCCUCUAGGGAGAGUGCAACCCCGUUGGGUGCCCGGAAGAAAGUGCAUUUUGGUAACAUACAUGAUGCUGUACGGGCUGGAGACGUAAAGCAGCUUUCAGAUAUAAUAGAACGAGGAGCCAGCAUAAAUGAAGCAGACAUUCUCCAUAAGUUUUCCCCUUUACAUUGGGCAGCACAUUCUGGAAGUUUGGAGUGUCUUCAUUGGCUCCUCUGGCAUGGAGCGGAUAUCACACAAGUAACCAUGAGAGGCUGGACAGCAGCUCACAUAGCUGCAAUCAGAGGUCAGGAUGCUUGUAUGCAGGCUCUCAUAAUCAACGGGGCAAAUCUGGCAUCUCAAGAUGAUCGUGGAUGCACUCCUUUACACCUUGCUGCAACACAUGGACAUUCUUUCACUUUACAAAUAAUGCUCCGAAGUGGAGUGGAUCCCAGUGUGACUGAUAAGAGAGAAUGGAAGCCUGUGCACUAUGCAGCUUUUCAUGGGCGACUUGGCUGUUUGCAGCUUCUAGUUAAAUGGGGAUGUGGAAUAGAAGAUGUGGACUAUAAUGGAAACCUUCCAGUUCACUUAGCAGCCAUGGAAGGUCACCUUCACUGCUUUAAAUUCCUACUCAGCAGAAUGAACAGUAAAACUCAAGCUUUAAAAGCCUUCAAUGAUAAUGGAGAAAAUGUAUUGGAUCUGGCCCAGAGGUUCUUUAAGCAGAACAUUUUGCAGUUUAUCCAAGGAGCGGAGUAUGAAGGAAGUGAUCCAAAAGAUCAGGAAACCUUAGCAUUUCCAGGUCAUGUGGCUGCCUUUAAAGGUGAUUUGGAAAUGCUCAAGAAAUUAAUUGAAGAUGGAGUAAUUAAUAUUAAUGAACGUGAUAAUAAUGGAUCAACUCCUAUGCAUAAAGCCGCUGGGCAAGGCCACAUAGAGUGUUUGCAGUGGAUAAUUAAAAUGGGAGCAGACAGUAAUAUUACCAACAAAGCAGGGGAGAAACCCAGUGAUGUGGCUAAAAGGUUUGCCCAUUUAGCAGCCGUAAAGCUGCUAGAAGGACUACAGAAAUAUGACAUAGAUGAUGAGAAUGAAAUUGAUGAAAAUGAUAUAAAGUUUUUUUUAAGACAUGGUGUUGAGGGAAGCACUGAUGCCAAGGAUGAUUUAUGUCUCAGUGAGUCGGAUAAGACAGAUGCCAGAAUGAGAGCUUAUAAGAAAAUUGUUGAAUUGAGACACAUGCUGGAAAUUGCUGAGAGCAACUUUAAACACCUGGGAGGGAUAACAGAAGAAGAUCUAAAGCAGAAGAAAAACCAGCUUGAGUCUGAAAAGACUAUCAAGGAGCUGCAGGACCAGCUGGAGUACGAACGGCUUCGUAGAGAAAAAUUAGAAGGUCAGCUGGAUGAGUGUCGUGCAGAGGUGGAUCAGCUCAGGGAGACACUGGAAAGGACUCAGGUCCCCAACUUUGCUGUGGAAGAUGACUCUUCUUGUGAGUCAAGCAAAGAGAAGAGGCGAAUUAAGAAAAAGGUGUCUUCUGGGGGAGUUUUUGUGAGAAGAUACUAAUCAGUGGAAUAACUUUAAAUAAACUUAAUUUUUCUUGUAAAUUGAUAUAAAUGUAAAUCUAUACAAAUUCUCCUCAAGAGUUCGUGUUAUGUACGAUUCCAAUUCUGAAGGCAGAGAUAUGUUAUAGUAUCAAAGGGAUUGCUAAAAUUCUAUGCACUCAGCUGGGCUCCCCCUCCCAGAAUAUUUUUUAAUAUAUUUAUGUAGGCAAGACUCUACAUUUAUGAGGAAUUAAUUUUACAAGUAUUAACACAAACUUUAUAAGUGUAGUAAUUGAAAGAAAUAUAGACAUUAAAAAUUAUCUUUUAUUUUCU